AUGGCACGCCUGGCGUCUACUGACCUAGACGAGGCUUUUGAGGCGGCGCGGGCCGAGUUUGUCGGCAGCCUGAAGCGUCGGAGCCUGCCUGCCGCCCAGGCUCUGUCGAAGGCUACGACGAUUCAACAUGUUCUCGAUGCGAUUGCCGAGGUGGAGGCUCAGCAGCAGAGGAGUGGCAAAUUGAGGGCUUUGGGGAGAUUGAAGCCUCUUGUGAACGGGUUGAAGGAGUAUGCUGGGGUUGUGGAGGUGUUUAUUCAGGCGAAGCAGGAUAUUCUUAGCUUGAUAUGGGGUCCACUCAAGUUUAUUCUCGAGGCUACGAGCAGAGUCAUCACGCUUUUCGAGAAGAUGAUCGAGGUCUUCUCUGAAAUUGGCAGGAUACUACCCCAGUUCCAAAAGUACCGGGAGAUUCUAGAAGACGAACAGAUCCAGCCAGUACUGACCCUUUUCUACAAGGAGAUUCUAGCCUUGUAUAGCACGCUACUCGACUUCUUGAAGCAUCCAGGUCGGAACACCUUCCUUGAGUCGAUUUGGCCAAAUGUUCGCAGCAAGAUUGGGGUGAUCUUGGACAAUAUUAAGGAUCAUGAAAGGGUCUUGUUGAGCCAUGUCACUCUUGAGCACGUCCUGCAAUCGCACAGGGAGCGCAAGCAGGCCCUUAAAGCUGAGGAAGAGGCAGAGAUGGCUCGCAAUCGCCAGUACUGGAAGGAGAUGGAGAAGGAGGUCGUACCGAAGCUCUACGAUGUGAGGUUAUACGAGAUCCUUUCGGAUAGCUCUUUCGACUCGGGGCAGUGGUUGGAGAAGAACACUCGGUUCCGGAUCUGGAGAGACGGAAUGGGCAAGAAUCGAUGCCUUUGGCUCUCUGGAAUUCCGGGAGCCGGGAAGACGUACAUUGCAGGAAACUCCCUUCGGCCCGAGAUUCUCAGGUCCUAUUCCGCGAACGAGAGGAAAUUUGCCAGUAGCCCCGAAUGGAUUCGAGAUCUUCUGUCCAGGGUCCUUCACGACAAGCCUGUGUUUAUUUUCUUGGACGGGCUGGACGAAUUGGAUGAGAAACGCCGCGGCGAGACAAAGUGCCGCGAGGAGAUUCUCCAGGACAUCUUUCACGUCGUCGACUCGUGCCCUCUCGUGAGGCUACUGGUUAGCAGUCGGGUCGAGAGUGACUUGAAGAGGCAACUUUCGGCCAAAAGAACACUUCAGCUGCGUGUUCACGAGAACAAUUCGGACGACAUCAAGAAGUAUGUUGAUCUCGAAUGUGGCAGAUUGGUCAAUCGUCUAAGGGAGUUUGGGGCAAACGAGGAGAUCUGCAGUCAAGUGCAGGAUGCCUCGGCUAUUGUUGUGGAAAGAGCUGGUGGGAUGAUACUCUAUGCCAGUCUUAUCUUCCAGAUAGCUAUGGAUCUUGGCAACGUCGAAGAUAUUCGAGCGGAGUUUGCAGGCCUACCGCAGAAUUUGGAUGAAGCAUACGGUCGCGUAUUGAGCCGCAUCCGGUCUUCUCGCGUUCCGAAUGUCCGCGAAGCCGCCCGGAAAGUCCUGUCGUGGGUAGCUUGCCAGAAACGUACGCUCCGGGAAGAGGAGCUUCUGCAGAUUCUUGCGAUCGUGCCGGGCACGCAGGACUUCACCAAGGGCCGAAAGGAUCACCGAGAUAUACUUCAAGCGUGUGGACCAAUCAUAGAGAUUGUCGACGGCUUUAUCCACUUCGUUCACUUCUCUGCUAAGGAAUACCUUCUCGGCGAGCAAAGUAACCACUUCCUGGUUCUCAGAGAUGCCCACGUUGAGGCGGCGACUAUUUGUGCCACAUAUUUGUCGUUUUCGUUGCUCGACUCGGUCUUCGAAUGCAAUGCCAACCCGGUACAACAUGAGAUUCAUGACGGCGGCUACGUCUUCCUUAACUACGCCGUGCUUUCCUGGAUCCACCACGUGAAGGAAAUCUCUGUUCCAGGAGCCCACGAAAACAACAUCGACACGCCAGCACUAGGUACGCUGGUUGCUUGUCUCAAGCGCUUACUGGAGAAGCGUGGGCAACCAUUCCAAAGAACCGCAUCCGCGAAGGUGCUUCUGCCCAGUUUUAACGUCUUCAGGAACCAUAGAGAUCUACAGUCCAGCCUAUGCGGAAUUGCGUACUUCAUGGGGAGAGCGGAGCAUGAUUUACUUGGCGAGGGUUCGAUAGAUGGCGACGGCUCCCAGCCCAACCAAGAUCCUACGACGCUGCUCACCGGUCUAAAGAUGUUUCGAUCCAAACUGGCAGCCAACUUUUGCGAAGACGCCGUCCAUGUCUCAGAGUGCCGCUGCGAGAACUUGGUUCGUCUUUACGGCGAGUCCAUCUAUUACUGUAACCAAUAUCAUUGCCCAAAGUUCCGCGAUGGGUACAAGACCGCAGAGAUGAGACUCCACCACAUGAGAGUCCACGGUCGCUUGAUCAGAGUCCCUGAGAUUGGAUCUGGUGCCUCGGUGGACAAAAUUCCUUUUCCGGUCGCCGAAAGUCCGCAGUCGGAAACAAAUAUCGACAUUGUCAAUCUGUCUGGGGACGAUCUUGACGGCAUGCUACUAGAUGCCGUCUGCAGCAACCAGAUCGAGUUGGCGAGCAAACUGUGGCCUUCCAGCGGGAAACUUCCGGGAAAUGCUGAUGAACUGGUACAGUUCGCGGCCUGGAAAUGCAGCCCAGAAAUGGUCAGGCUCCUGUGUUCAGCAGUUGCUUCGGCAAUGUCAAACGCACAGGCGUUUAAAGAUGUGCUGAACCAAGCACUUGCUGUUGCCAUCGAGACUGAGAAUCUCACGAACAUUAGGACACUAAUAUCUCUUGGAGCAGAAGUAGCGAAUCGUAGCUCCAUGUCGGCCUUGCUUGCCGAGGCGCUUUUCGGCGAGAUAUCUUCCAAGAGAUAUGGCAAGCCAAUAACCCACAAGCUAGGGUUGCCCGACUAG